AGACCGGCUCUCCGGGGGCUCAGUUCCCCGGGCGGGCUGUUGUCAGACAGCACGGGUCAAGGGACGAGGCUGGCGGCACCUCACGUGGGCAGGGCUGAUUGGCCUUGGCCCCCACGGCCCCAAGAGGAAGCAGGAUCUGGACAAGGUCUGCGAACUGAAGGCCAAGGCCUGGCAGAUUAUGAACCAGUUUGGCCCUUCGGCCCUAAUCAACCUCUCCAGCUUCUCCUCCCCCAAGGCCGAGCCCGCCGGCCCCCCCGCUCAGGGCCCCAUGGCCAACAGCACCGCCGUCGUCAAGGUCCCCGGGCCCCCCGGCCCCGGGGGCCGCCUCAGCCCCGAAGGCAACCAGGUUCUGACUAAGAAGAAGCUGCAGGACUUGGUGAGGGAGGUGGAUCCGAACGAGCAACUGGAUGAGGACGUGGAGGAGAUGCUGCUGCAGAUCGCCGACGACUUCAUCGAGAGCGUGGUGACCGCCGCCUGCCAGCUGGCCCGGCACCGAAAGUCCAACACGCUGGAGGUGAAGGACGUGCAGCUGCAUCUCGAGCGCCAGUGGAACAUGUGGAUCCCGGGAUUUGGCUCAGAGGAGAUCCGGCCGUACAAGAAAGCCUGCACCACCGAGGCCCACAAACAGAGGAUGGCUUUGAUCCGCAAGACCACCAAGAAGUAAGACGGCCGUGCAGGGCAGGGAGAGGACCGCCGCCGCCGGCGCGCUCGGGGCACCGGCCCGAGCUGAAACCCCUGGGACGGCGCCCGUGGAGAUUUUCCUUUCACGCUCUCCUGAGAAGCAUCUAUUUUCUAUUAACGUGCAGCAGUGCCCACGGUGACUGAGGAGACUGCCCCAGUGGAAAGGAACUUCUCCUUCCCCGGCCCCCGUCCUGUCCCCCGAGCCCACCCUGGGAAGGAAAAGGGUCGGGGGGAAACGGGAACCCGAGGUUCGGUUCGGCGCAUCCGCCACGGUCCGAAGGACGCAGCCGCCCGGUCCGGCCCGGCAGUAUUAGAAGAGUCUGUUGAGAUUUCUGUUUCCUUUCCGCUCCUCCCUGUACUUUGUAACGUCAGUGUUUCUAUGACUACAACCCCGGUUGGUUUUUCAUGAAUAAAGAAGAGGUUAAUCUA